UCCUUUGGAUUCUGUAUCCCCCGCAACCCCCUCCCUCUCCCCAUUAGUAUUCCUUGUUUGCUUCCCCAGCUUUGUUCUGUUUUAAGGCAAAGAAUACAACCUCCCCAUCACUCUCUUUCUCUCUCUCUCUCUCUCCCCUCACGCAAAACCCCGUGAUUUCAUUUCACUUCAUAAAUUUCUUCAUCUCAUCUUCUUCAACCCUCCACUAGCACCACAGAAAAUUCUGAUGGCUGCUCAUCACUGAUAAUGUUGGAUUUUCAUUGCUCAACUUUCUCACUCGUUGUCUUUUUGCCCUUCUUCUUCCUUGUUAUUACGAAUGCGGCCACUGAGUUCGACUUCGGGACCCUCACUCUGAGCAGCCUCAAGCUCAUCGGCGACGCCCACCUCAACAAUGGCAGCGUCCGCCUCACCCGCGACCUCGCGGUCCCCACCUCCGGCGCCGGCCGGGUCCUCUACUCCAAGCCCGUCCGCUUCCGGCAACCCUCCUCCCCCUUUCCGGCGAGCUUCUCCACAUUCUUCUCCUUCUCCAUCACCAACCUCAACCCCUCCUCCAUCGGUGGCGGCCUCGCCUUCGUCAUCGCCCCCGACGACGCCGAGCUAGGCGACGCAGGCGGCUUCCUCGGCCUCGAGUCGGGCUCGGCUCCCGGGUCGGGUUUCGUCGCCGUAGAGUUCGACACACUCAUGGACGUCGAGUUCAAGGACAUCAACAGCAACCACGUCGGCUUGGAUCUGAACUCCAUGGUGUCGACACGUGUCGGCGAUCUGAGCUCCAUCGAUGUCGAUCUCAAGAGCGGCGACCUGGUGAACUCGUGGAUCGAGUACGACGGGUCGAGUCGGGUCAUCAACGUCUCGGUCUCAUACUCGAAUCUGAAACCCAGAGACCCGGUCUUGUCCUACUCGCUCGAUCUGGGCCAGUACGUCAGCGAUUUCAUGUACGUGGGUUUUUCCGGGUCGACCCAAGGCAGCACGGAGAUUCACAGCGUCGACUGGUGGAGCUUCAGCUCGUCGUUCGAUUCGAUGCUUUCGCCAUCUGGGUCUUCUUCACCACCUCCGCCGCCUCCGACGACCACUCUGAUGAACCCAACUGCCAAUUCGGUUAAAUCUCCGCCGCCUUCAAUGCCUCCAAGUGGGUCCUCGGUGUCUAGUAACACUAGCGGUACGAAUCAGAAGAACAGCAAGUCGUCUUCUUGCCAUAACCACCUCUGCAGAGAAGGUCCAGGAGCUGUAGCUGGCGUGGUGACGGCUUCGGCUUUCGUUUUGGCUCUGUUUGCUGGUGUGUUUAUCUGGGUUUACUCUAAGAAAUUCAAACAUGUCAGGAAAUCAGAUAAUUCUUUUGCUUCGGAUGUCAUCAAAAUGCCGAAGGAGUUCACUUAUAGGGAGCUCAAGGCAGCCACCAAGUGCUUCAAUGCCAAUAGAAUUAUUGGGCAUGGCGCUUUUGGAAUUGUCUAUAAAGGUAUAUUACCAGAAACAGGUGACAUUGUUGCAGUGAAGAGAUGCAGCCACAGCAGCCAGGGGAAAAACGAGUUUUUGUCGGAAUUAUCUAUAAUUGGAACUCUCAGGCAUCGAAAUUUGGUGAGGCUUCAAGGAUGGUGCCAUGAGAAAGGUGAAAUUUUGUUAGUGUAUGAUUUGAUGCCCAAUGGGAGUCUCGACAAGGCCUUGUUUGAGGCAAGAACGCCUCUGCCUUGGCCUCACAGGAGAAAGAUUUUAUUUGGGGUUGCCUCUGCUCUGGCCUAUUUGCAUCAAGAGUGUGAAAACCAGGUGAUCCACAGAGACAUUAAGACCAGCAACAUAAUGCUGGAUGAAGGGUUCAAUGCCAAGCUGGGAGAUUUUGGAUUGGCGAGGCAAAUCGAGCACGAUAAGUCGCCAGACGCCACGGUGGCGGCCGGAACAAUGGGGUACCUGGCGCCGGAUUACUUGCUGACCGGCAGGGCGACUGAGAAAACCGAUGUGUUCAGCUUUGGGGCGGUGGUGCUUGAGGUGGGCAGUGGAAGAAGGCCAAUUGAGAGAGAAGUAAGUGGGGUGGGGAAAGUGGGUGUGUGUAGUAAUUUGGUGGAGUGGGUGUGGAGUUUGCACAAAGAAGGAAGGCUGUUAAUGGCGGCUGAUCCAAGGCUUGAGGGCCAAUUUGAUGAGGGAGAGAUGAGGAAGGUGCUUCUGGUUGGGCUGGCUUGCUCUCACCCAGACCCUUCUGCAAGACCCACCAUGAGAGGUGUGGUUCAAAUGCUGGUGGGGGAAGCUGAAGUCCCAAUUGUCCCCAGAACAAAACCCUCCACGACUUUCAGCACCUCACAUCUCCUGUUGAGCUUGCAGGACAGUGUUUCUGACUGCAAUGGCAUGAUCACCCUCUCCACCUCCUCUUCAGAACUGAGCUUUCAUGGCGGCGGUGAUCACAUCGUCUGAUUAAAUCAUAAUUAACGGUGUAUAUUUAAUUUGAUAUAUAUAUAUUAUAUAUAUAUAUUUCAUUUGUUCUUGUAUGUAAUUAGUGACACAAACUUAAGCAGCAAAAUUUUUGUGUUAACUAAAUUAUUUGUAUACAUAAAUAAUUACACUUAA